GACAUUUGAUUUGUUUGUAACUUCAUAUACUUACAGCAAAACAUACACAAUUCUCCGCAUCAGUUUCGUUUGAAGCCAAAUUUAGUUUGACCAAGCGGAAAAAGACAAGAAAUGAACGACAAUUCAAUCCGGGAUCCGAAUACGGUGAAUUGCCGUAUUUAUGUGGGAAAUUUGAAGGAAAAUACACCAAAAAAUGAGCUACAAGCCAUAUUUAGUAAGUAUGGAAAUAUUCGAGGCGUGAUGGUGAGUCGGAAUUUCGGCUUCGUUCAGUUUGACAGUGAAUCCAACGCAAACAAUGCAAUCGAAAGUGAAAAUCAGAAGCUGUACAAUGGCCGAAAAAUUACCGUCAGUAAGGUUCAGAGUAAGAACAAAAAUAACCAAAAACCAAUGGAUAAGGGUAACAUUGGUGGUGGUGGUGGUGGUCUUUUUCCGGACACUGCUAGUCAAACUACACAAAACAACUCUGCCCAAAAUUCAAAUGUUCCCGAACAAAAUCCAAAUCUGACACAAGCCAACAACAAUGCCGGUCCGAACAAUAACAUGGGAAAUAAUACGCAACAAAUACAAAGCACUGAAAAUCACCAACAAAGACAGCAACCAUGGCGCAACCGAAACAAUAAUCGGAACAACAACAACAACAACAUGAACGAAAUGAACCUGCAAACAGACAGAGAAAGAUCCCCAUUUGAUGGACGCCGUGAUUUGAACAAUGAGCGAUGGAAUCAGGAUAACCAAGGCCAUUCAAAUUUUAAUAAUUUCCGCAUAAGUAACCGAAACAAUAAUAUUGGCCACAAGAACAACUUUGGCAACCAAAUUAACCAGAGUAACAACAAUAUGGGUGGCGGCAGUAACAGCAACAACAUGGGAAAUAAUAUGAACAAUAGCGGAAACAAACAAUCCUUUGGAUUCCCUAAUAACAAGUUCAAGAGUGUCUUGAAUGGUGGUGUUCUUCAGGGAUACGCUUCAGCCCGUGAAAUUCGUGCAAAGUAUCCAAAUGCAAAUGAUUGUGAAAUCGUUGUGCUGGAAAAACACCUCGUGGAUUAUGCGGAAUACGUUGAGAAUCGACUGAAACGCGCCAACAUAACAUGCGAUCUUCUGUUUCCGAAUGCAGAUCUCACAGUCGGAAAAAUGUUGACCAACAUUUCAAAUCGGGGUUCACUGUUCGCCGUAAUUAUUCAGCCGCAGCACAAGGAAAACAACAGCGUUACGUUGAAUAUAUUGUAUGGCAUACCGGCUGAACACCGUAAUAUGCCUCUCGAAGAUGCCAUUUCGUUACUUAUUCGUAACUAUCAGCAGUUAUGCCAAGGUGAGAAGGGUGACGUUAUUGGUGACACAGACGAAUCGCCAUAUGCAUCUAUACCAUUAUCAAGUCUUCGACAUCCGGAUUCUGUACAGCAUCUGGUUAACUUGUUGGCCAACAAUCGCACAUUGACUGUGCUUCAGCUUGACUGUCUAUUGAAGUAUCUACAAGAACGGCGUGAACUACAAUAUAAAUUUGAACUAGGUGAUACAAGCUUUAAUGAACAAAAAUCUUCAACGGCAGACAAUGAACCGGUUUCAUCGCCAAUAUACGAAUCACAGCAAACAGUGCCAGUGGAACCACAGCAGUCAAAAGUGAAUGCAGAAGACGAGAUUCAGAAGAAAAUCAUGGAAAUUCUCAACAAACCAAGUAUUCCGAAUAUCAAACCAGAAGCGACAGUCACAAAACCAACGCCUGAAAAGAAAAAUCAAGCCACUGCAUCUAGUACAGAUGAGGGCACAAUGAGUCGACAAGAGCCAAAACUAUUGGCCAAAGAUCCAAAUCUGCGAAAUGUUUUAGAUUCACUAAUGCUCGAUGGCAUUUAAAAUAAUUCAAAAAACAUAUUUUCACCUGUAGAACUUUGAAUUAAGACACAAACAAUGAUUUUGAUGGCUUUGAUUAUACAACUUAAAAUCAAUAUGAAUGAAAUCCAAGUAUAGUAAGCACAGUCUUGUCCUUCUCCUUUCAACUAUCACAUUUCAAGACAGUAUUUGUUGUACAGGAAAUAUGUUUGAAUAAAGUUGAAAAUAUCCAA